AAUAAAUCUAACCUUUCAGCUCCCACCACCCACCACCUUUGCAAACCAAACCACCUCUCGAUCGAUAGCAUAAUCAACCGACCUGAAAGAAACAGUCGACCAUGACGACGAGACGACGGUACCACCUCUCCCUCGACCUCUGGUUCCUAUGGACUUGUGCCUUAUCCUCAGUGACAGCAGCUCCCCCCACACCAUGUGAAAAGGACUCUGACUGUCAUGCGAUGCAAGCCCCCGAAUCGGUGUGUGGCAGCGACGGUUUUUGCAGCAACGCGUUUGCGAGUGGCUGCCUCUACCAACGAAUGCCCGGCUGGACCAAGAAGCGAGUCUGUAACAGUGAAGAUCCACCCGAUGCGGCAGCACAAGGCAUUUGUGAGACUCCCCAAUUUGACUAUCAAGAAGUACGAAUCAUGGCUGGCAACUGGGAAUCCAUCACCUUGAAUGCGUGGUUAAUGCAGAUCUUGCUCUCGGAAAUUCUAGGAGUCCCGACCACUCUGGAAGCUUCCAUCUCGGCACGCAAUAGCUUUUUCGAACCUUCCGGUGCCUUUGAAUACGGGUCACUCGAUACGGUUCAAUCCUUUGAGAACAACUUCAAGUACAAGGGGUGCGAAAAAGCGAGUCGCGAUCCCGACAACUACGAGACUUGUGCCAACUUGAGUCCGGAGUUUUGGAUUGCCACGGGAGAGUGGGCCCAGGAAGCACAGCAGCGGGGAUUGCUGGAGCCACCCGAAGCCUUGGGAGUUCUAGCAAGGGAGUCGCUAUUUGUUCCCAAAUUCACACUGGAACGAGAUGCUAGCUUGCUCUCCUACAUUGGAAUGCAGGGGGAGAAAAAUCGACAAAAGUUGGCAGAUGCCUUCUUACGUCCAACCCUCUGGAAAGACUAUUGCCUCGAAGUUUCACCCAACAACUGCAGUACGCCGGAUGAGAAUGCCCAGCGCCCUCCCGAAGACGACGACGAGGGAGACCGAUUCUUUUUGAAGGACGAGUACACGGGCUAUUUUCGCAAAACCGAUGCCAACAAUUGCACUUUGAAUCCAGAUACUUGCACUGGUCAUUUGGUGGAUUAUCCUUGCGAAUGGAGCUCCUAUGCCGAACAGCAAUUGUAUCACUUGAAUAUUUCCUUGUCGGGCGACAAACACGGAGAAGGCGAACGUGGGCAUGGGGAUUGGCAAACGGUACAAAUUCUCAAUGCCGCAAACCAUACCAAGAGCAACGUCAUUAUCAUGUGGGCGCAGCCCGAUCCAUUCUAUCAACGAUUAGUAGGCACUGACAUGGAGUUGCAUGCCGUCGUCAUGCCUCCCGUUUCACAGGAAUGCCUCGAUCACAAACGUGGCUACAAUGAUCAGUGUUCCGGUGAUAUGGAAAUUCGCGCGGGAGAUCCAAGAGGUGCCUGUGAGGAUCCAAUGACAUUGUUGCACAAGGUAUUCGCGACAACACUCACCGAUGAACUCAAUGAUCCUGAUAUUAUACCAGCGGAAAAGAGUCCCGCUGUCCCUGCAAUUCAACAAUUCUCAAUGUCCUCGCCUCUGUACGGUGAUUGGUUCAAUGUACUCAUCCAACACGAAGCACUCAGCAAGGAGACUACCUCUCUGAUGCGAAAUGCAACCUGCAACUUUGUCGUGGACAAAUUUGACGUUCUCCUGGAAAAGUGGAUACCGUUUUCAUACCCACGAGUCGUUAUGGAUGGCCAAGAGAAUUCGGCACUCAUUAUUGCCUCGGUGGUAUUGGCGUGCCUGUCGACGGUGCUUGCUGUGGCUGCCGCGAUAGUGGUACACAAAACGCAACAUCGACGGGUCAUGCGGUACGCGCAGAUUGAAUUCCUACAUUUGAUGCUGGCAGGAAUACUGGUGAUAUCCUCUGGGGCGCUAGUCACGGCAAUCCCACCCACCAUGGGUUCUUGUGUGGCGGCAAUUUGGCUUGUCAACGUUGGAUACACAAUGGAAUUGGCACCCUUGUUGGUCAAGGUAGCAGCCAUCAAUCGACUCAUGAAUGCAUCGGACAGGAUGCAAAAGAUCAACAUCGAACGCAAGGAUCUCUUCCAAGUCGUUUUCC